AAAGCAAGGAUUUGCCGAGAGACCAGAGAAUGCAAUAUAUACCUACUUAACACGUCUGUCUUCAGCAGACAGCCUGGAAGAGGUUCAUCUUUUCUUCUGAAAGCAGGUGUCAAGAGAACUUUCCAUCAUGACUGAGAAACGAUUGUCUAGCAGUAAAAAACACAGCCUGAAGAGCCUGAUGCUCGUGGUUGCAAAAGACUUGUUGGAAGCGGAGGAGAAAGAGAAGCAGAUUGAGAGGCAGAGAUAUAUGGAAGAACAUUGUCCACCACUUUCUUAUCCAAGCUCCAAAGCAGAACUCGAGGCGCUUUGCAGAGAGAUACAUCAAAAAAUCGAAGUUAUUGACGAAGAGAGAUAUGUCCUGGAGCAAAAAGCCAUUAUGGUUGUCAAUGAGGUCAAAGACUUAAACAUCAAAAUUGUCGACCUUAAAGGCAAGUUUAAGAAACCUCCUUUGAAGAAAGUGCGCAUGUCUGCCGAUGCUAUGCUUCAGGCUCUGCUCGGCUCCAAACACAAGGUGUCCAUGGACUUGAGAGCCAAUCUGAAACAAGUUAAGAAGGAGGUGAAAGAAGAGGAUAAGGAACUGCGUGAUGUUGGUGACUGGCGUAAGAACAUUGAGGACAAGGCUGGCAUGGGUGGCAGGAAGAAGAUGUUUGAAACUGAAUCUUAAAAACAGAUUGUAGGAUUGGCAGCCGAUGAUGAGUCUUCUGUUACUCACAGGCUUUGCUGGAACUGAUCUAUGGACAGUUUUACUUCUAGUCCAUAGAGAUUGCAACUCAUCAGUUGUCAAAAGAAACCAAACCAAACAUUGUUUUCCAAGCUUCUUUAAGUAAUAAACUAUGCUUUUUCUAAAUAAAUACCUCAACACAGA